GCAAUGAAAAAUAUAAACAUACUGGUAAAUGGAACUACAUGGAAAAAAGUUAUGGUGUCAUAGAAACACAUCUAGUUUCUAUGAGAAACGUGAUGCCAGAAAGCCACUAAUUCACUGCUAAUUCUGAACUGUCUCCUGCUCACAUGAAUACAAUUGUCAGGCUUCUGAGAAAGGUGACUGAACAGGUACUGUGAAGGUUAAAAUAAUAAUCAAAAAAAUUAUCAGGAGUUCCUUUGUUCUGGAAUGGGUAUAAAUACAGGCAGCAGCUGAAGGUUAAUCUCCAUUCUGAGGGACAUUAGGGUGAGUGGAGAGUCACAGCUGCUAAAACAUUCAAUUUCAGAGUUUUAGAUGAAUGUUACUUCCCAUUUUUAAAUAUUAUCUCUGGCUCUGACUAUCUGUACUUCCUGCAGGUGUCCAGUGUCUGUUGUGUGGAUUUUUGUUUGUCUGUAUUAAUCUAAUCUUCCUGGAUUCUGGCCUGUCUGUCUGUCUGGAGCUCAGCACUUUAGUAUUUUUCCUGGCACAAGGUGUGUUGGAUUUACAGGACACCCGGUGAGCGGUUGCCAUGGCGCUGUUUGGGAAGGUUCUGGAACCAGUCGGGUACAUGCAGACCCUGCGGGGACUGGUCCAGAACAUCUGCUCCUACCUGGACGGCAACGACGCACCUGAGGAGCUGGACCUGGUCAAGAAGAACCUGGACCACAUCGACCAGGAGCUGGGCGAGGCGGGGCGGGGACUCCUGGCGGACGAGGAGGUGCACCGGCUGGAGGGGGACCUGGCGCUGGUGUACGGCCAGCUGGGGGCGCUGGUGAGGGCCGCGCCCACCUGCACCAAGCGCGAGACGGAGGCCUUCCUGGAGUACGCGCGCGACCUGCGUCUGGAGAGGCAGCUGAUCGCCAUGCACGCCCGGCUGAUGGGCGUGGCCGCCCUGACCGCCCAGCCCACCCUGCUGGAGGAGCUGAUCCAGACCCGGAGGCCCAAGCGCUGGGAGCUGCGCGAGUUCUGUGAGAAGGUGAACUUCGUGCUGGGGACGGGGCUGCUGUGCCUGUUCGUGCAGGCGUCCCUGACGGGGCGGGACCAGGCGCUGCUGAUGAAGGUUUGGGGCGAGCGCAUGGGGGCGCUCUACAGGAAGAUGAAGGCGACGGGGGCGCUGUGCUCGGGGUACUUCCUGGAGCAGGCGCGGGACGACGUGCGGCGCAUGUCCGGCGACGCCCAGCUGAGCGGCAGGCCCCCCGGGGAGCAGGCGGCCGCCAUCCUCAAAGCGCUGGAGAAGAACUACGACUGGAUGCGCUGGGCCGUCAUGGUGCACCCGCCCGGGCUCGGGGGCGGGGCCGAGCGGCGGGACAGCCUGCUGACCGUGCCUCCGGAGCGGCCCGGUGGAGUGGCGGUGGUGGCCUGCUACCGGGACACGCCCACCUCCCUGGACAAGAGCCGCAUCCACCAGCUGAUCGUGGAGCUGGAGUGGAAGAUCCCCAACCCGCCGCCGGAGGUGUACGCCUCGCUGGAGGAGGAGCCUGAGCGGGCGGGGCGCUACCUGGCCGGGCGCAUGCUGCGCAAGCUGCGGGAGGGGCUGGGGGGGGGCGUGGUCGUGCACGUGGUCCCGGGACCCAUGGAGAUGCGCUGCAACUUCCCGCAGGCGUCCUUCUACCUGUACGAGUACAAGCACCGGCUGGCCUCCGGGACCGUGUGCGUGUUCGGCUAG